UCCAAACGGCAGGUUUGGCAGAAUGCACUAUUCUAUGAUCUAGAGUUGUUUUAUUUAUAAUUUAACGGAGUUAUGGUAGUUUACCGUAGUUCAAAAAGUGUCAAAAAACUUUGCUCGCCAGUUAGUUGCGCCACACCUCAGUGAGACGGGACAGGCUUUCCACCUGUUCACUCGCUCUAGAUCAGGGCUACGGUCACAGGAAGUCGGAGGAAGGAAUACAUGAGCCAGACUGCUCAGCCUCCUGUGCGGACGUUUCCCCCAAUCUAACAAACGGCAAACACAUUCACAAGUGAAGAUGCUCAGUUUAUGAAGAAACGAGAGUUUUGUCCGACUUUGCGGGGCGACGGCUUUUUCUACGCAGUCGUCAGGAAAAGAUGGCGAACUCGACGGCGGAAAGCUUGUUUGCUCAAAAACAGGGAAAGAACACAACACAGCCACCCGAUCUCGCUGACCGUCCGUACAAGGCAUAUCUCCUGGGGAUUAUCAUUGCCAUAUGUGGGAACUUUCUGAUCAGCAUCUCAUUAAACAUUCAGAAAUACACCCACGUGCGGCAGUCUCAGCCUGGAUCCAAGCCCUACUACACUUGUGCCCUCUGGUGGUGUGGCAUCAUCCUCAUGGGUGUGGGCGAGCUAGGCAACUUUGCGGCAUACGGCUUUGCCCCAGCUUCCCUCAUCGCCCCACUGGGCUGUGUGUCCGUCAUCGCCAGUGCCGUCAUCUCUGUGGUUUUCCUAAAGGAGACGUUACGGGCCUCCGACAUCCUGGGCGGAGCUCUUGCAGUGACGGGGACCUACCUCCUGGUGACCUUUGCCCCCCACAACACCCAGCACAUCACAGCGCAUGUGGUCCAGAGAUACGCCGUCAGCUGGCAGUUCCUCACGUACCUUGUUUUGGAGAUGAUAGUGUUCUGUGUCCUGCUCUACCUCUAUAAGAGGAGGAACCUGAAGCACAUUGUUGUGGUGCUGCUGCUGGUGGCUCUGCUGGCCUCGCUGACGGUGAUCUCGGUCAAGGCCGUAUCUGGGAUGAUUACAGAGUCACUGAAGGGGAGCCUCCAGCUCACUUACCCCAUUUUCUAUGUCAUGGUCGUGGUGAUGGUGGCCUCCUGCGGCUUUCAAAUCAAGUUCCUGAAUCAAGCCAUGAAAAUGUUUGAUGCAACAGAAGUUGUGCCCAUAAACUUUGUGUUUUUCACUGCCAGUGCCAUUGUUGCAGGCAUAGUAUUUUAUCAGGAGUUUUAUGGUUUAGCAUUGCUGAACAUCUUCAUGUUCCUCUUUGGAUGUCUGCUGUCUUUCCUCGGAGUGUUUCUCAUCGCCAGGAACAGGCCGAAAAUCAAGACGGAGCGACCUUUCAUCGACAUGGGACAAGUACCUGGGAAGAGGUGCACAGAUAAGGUCCAGCCGGAGGCCAAGCGCAUAACAUACGGGUCUCUGGCAGCCAAAAUACUGCACCUUGACAAGAAGGGCAGCCAAGAGGAGGAUUCAACGUGAGUCCCAGUCUGCAAGGCCACCUGCUGGGCAGACGUCCUGUCUGCGGAGCUGCACAUAUGGACAGACCUCUGCCUCAUACACAUCCACAGGAAAGAGGAUUCUUCCUCUGUGAGACUCAUCUCGGGGGGAGUCUGUCCAAUGGAAAUGCCUUACCCCAGUGACAAGUAGACUUGCAGCAUGUUUACAAGUGUGUAACCAGCCAAAAGAGAGAAUCCAACCAAAGCAAGGACUUUGUUGUAUUUAUUUAUUUAAAGGACUGUGAGGCCCAAUUUUGUCCUUUAUUAACAUGUAACUUGGCACUUGGAGUGAUUUGUGUGAACAGUGGUUUCAAGUGGAAGUGGCGCAGUGCUUAUGUUGACGUGCUGUAUAUGCUAUACUAAAUGCAAAGUAUCAAAAACUAUGCAAAUGUUAUGCUGUUAACAAGAGACAU